AUGCCACUUCAUGUACGGCGCAGCAGUGACCCAGCAUUAGUGGGCCUCUCCUUAUCAGUCAGCGAUACCAAUUUUACUUCAGAAGAACCUUCACGAAAAAACCCCACAAGAUGGUCCACAACAGCAGGCUUUCUGAAGCAGAAUCCUUCUGGUGGCACAAGAAGUCAUGAGCGCAAGAAAGACGAAAAUUACAGAAGCCUCCCACGGGACACCAGUACCUGGUCUUCUACUCAAUUUCAGAGGGAUAAUGCUCGUUCUUCAUUAAGUGCCACUCAUCCCAUGGUAGAUAAAUGGCUGGAGAGACAAGAACAGGAUGAUGAUGGGACAGAAGAAGAAGAGAGCAGAGUAGAACCAGUGGGUCAUGCAGAUGCAGGUUUGGAUAACAUCACCUAUUCGUUAGAUGAUAUGGUAAAGCUCGUUGAAGUUUCCAAUGAUGGUGGACCUUUGGGGAUCCAUGUAGUUCCUUUCAGUGCUCGAGGCGGAAGAACUUUAGGUCUAUUAGUGAAGAGACUGGAGAAAGGUGGUAAAGCAGAACAGGAAAACCUCUUUCAUGAAAAUGACUGUAUUGUCAAAAUUAACGAUGGGGACCUUCGAAAUAGAAGAUUUGAGCAAGCACAGCAUAUGUUCCGUCAAGCCAUGCGUACACCGAUCAUUUGGUUCCAUGUGGUUCCUGCUGCAAGAAAACAACAGUAUAUAAAGCUGUCACAAAGUGAAAAGAAUGCUUACCAUUCCAGUCGUUUUAGUCCUGAUUCCCAGUAUCAAGACAGUAAAGGUAUCGACCACUCUGGACUUCACACUUUACAAAAAAUGCCCCAAGUGAGCAAUCAAGCUGAUGCGUUGGACUCUUAUUCACAACUACCUCAUAAUGUGAAUUCAGGAAAACCACCUUUGGCUUUGACAUCAACACCACAGAAAGUUCAUACCGCUUUGAACUCUGGCUAUAAUACCAAAAGGAUAGGGAAGCGUCUUAAAAUACAAUUAAGGAAAGGUACUGAAGGCCUAGGAUUUAGCAUCACUUCAAGAGAUGUUCCUAUUGGUGGCUCAGCUCCAAUUUAUGUGAAAAAUAUCCUUCCAAGAGGCGCAGCUAUUCAAGAUGGAAGAUUAAAGGCUGGAGACCGACUCAUUGAGGUAAAUGGAGUGGAUUUAACAGGAAAAACCCAAGAAGAAGUUGUUUCUCUCCUGAGGAGCACUAAAAUGGGUGGAUCGGUUAGCCUACUAAUUUUUCGUCAAGAAGAAGCAUUCCAUCCUAGGGAAUUGAAUACUGAACAAAGCCAGUCACAAAUUCCAAAGGAAACGAAAUCAGAAGAAGAAGAUCUUGUUCUUACUGCUGAUGGCACCAGAGAAUUCCUCACUUUUGAGGUUCCUCUUAAUGAUUCUGGGUCAGCUGGACUUGGUGUCAGUGUGAAAGGUAACCGGUCAAAAGAGAAUCAUGCAGACCUUGGCAUCUUUGUGAAGUCCAUUAUUAAUGGUGGAGCAGCUUCUAAGGAUGGAAGACUCCGAGUGAAUGAUCAAUUAAUCGCAGUAAAUGGAGAAUCAUUGUUGGGAAAGACGAACCAAGAUGCCAUGGAAACUUUGCGUAGGUCCAUGUCCACAGAGGGAAAUAAACGGGGAAUGAUUCAACUGAUUGUUGCAAGACGAGUGAGCAAAUGCAAUGAGUUGGAAUCACCUGGGAGUCCUCUGGGGCCGGAGCUGCCUAUUGAGACACUAAUGGAUGACCGGGAGCGAAGGAUUUCCCAUUCACUGUACAGUGGGGUUGAAGGCCUCAAUGAAUCCCCCACCAGGAAUGCUGCCUUGAGUAGACUAAUGGGUAAAUUCCAGCUUUCUCCAACAGUCAACAUGCCCCAGGAUGAUAUGAUAAUGAUUGAAGAUGACAGACUACCUGUACUACCUCCAUAUCUUUCAGACCAAUCAUCUUCCAGUUCUCAUGAUGACAUAGGCUUUGCAACCAUGGAUGCUGGAGCUUGGAGUAAACCAAUAGUGAAUGAAUCAGCAGAAUGCAUACUAAGUCCAGAUAUGGAUCCAGAGCUGACUUUCCAACGAGAAGGAUUUGGACGUCAGAGUAUGUCAGAAAAGCGUGCUAAGCAGUUUUCAGAUGCCAGCCAAUUAGACAUUGUUAAAACACGGAAAUCUAAAAGCAUGGAUUUAGUAGCUGACGAGACUAAGCUCAGUACAAUGGAUGGCCAGAGAACAGGUUCUCCAACCAGAGAUGUGGGCCCAUCAUUAGGCCUGAAGAAAUCCAGCUCUUUAGAAAGUUUGCAGACAGCAGUUGCUGAGGUGACAUUGAAUAGUGACAUCCCCUUCCAUCGUCCACGACCACGAAUAAUCCGAGGACGAGGAUGCAAUGAAAGUUUCAGGGCAGCAAUAGAUAAAUCAUAUGAUAAACCUGUUGCUGAUGAGGAUGAUGAAGGAAUGGAAACCUUGGAAGAAGACACAGAAGAAAGUUCACGAUCUGGUAGAGAAUCUGUGUCCACAUCUAGUGACCAACCAUCCCAUUCUCUAGAAAGACAGAUGAAUGGCAGUCAGGAGAAAGGGGACCGGAAAAAAAAUGGGAAGGACAAGAAAAAAGAUCGAGAUAAGGAGAAGGAUAAAAUCAAAGCCAAGAAAGGAAUGCUCAAAGGUCUUGGGGACAUGUUCAGGUUUGGCAAACAUCGAAAAGAUGACAAGAUUGAGAAAAUAAAAAUACAGGGAGCUGUUACUUCAGAAGAGGAGAGAAUACGUAUGAAACAAGAACAGGAAAGGAUACAAGCCAAGACCCGAGAGUUUCGUGAAAGACAAGCCCGGGAACGAGAUUAUGUCGAGAUCCAUGAUUUAAACAGGACUUAUGCAUGUGAUGCUGACUCAAUGUAUGCUGGAAUUCCUUCAUAUUCCCCCAUGAGUAGCAGCACAAUUAGCAGUAGACCACAGAGCCCAGGGGAAACAUCGACAAUAGAAGCAUUAUAUGCCCAAGUAAAGAAAGGACGCAAUUCAAAAUCUUCACCUGCAGACAGAUCAGCUCCAAGCAAUCAUGACCGGAUACAACGAUUAAGGCAAGAAUUUCAACAAGCCAAGCAAGAUGAGGAUGUGGAAGACAGGAGGCGUACUUACAGCUUUGAACAACCAUGGCCAAAUUCAAAGACCUAUUCACAGAGUGGCAGACAUUCUGUAUCAGUAGAAGUUCAGAUGCAGAAGCAACGACAAGAGGAAAGAGAGAGUUUCCAGCAGGCUCAGAGGCAAUACAGUUCAUUACCCAGACAAAGUCGGAAAAAUGCCAGCUCUGUAUCUCAAGAUUCUUGGGAACAGAACUAUCUUCCUGGUGAAGGUUUUCAAAGUGCUAAAGACAACCCUCGGUACUCCAGUUACCAAGGCUCUAGGAACGGCUACCUCGGGGGCCACGGCUUCAAUGCUCGAGUCUUGCUUGAAACACAAGAGCUCCUCCGUCAGGAACACCGGCGGAGAGAGCAACAGCUGAAAAAAAAGACUUCUUCUGAAGGGCCCAACAACUAUGACUCCCAUAAGAAAGCUCAGGACCCUAAUUAUGCCACUCCCAAAGGUCCUUUCAGGCAUGAUGUACCACCUUCACCAUCUCAGGUUGCCAGGCUGAACCGACUACAAACACCAGAAAAGGGAAAACCCUUUUAUUCUUUAGUUGAAGAAAAAAGUCAGCGGCCCAUGUAAUAAAGGAAUUUUUCAUAUGGAGAGACUUACAUUACGGAACUCUAUGUUUCAAAUGGAGGGACUCUUAUUUUGUUUUUCAGUGCCUUUAGCAAGAUGGACAAUGAAUUGGAAGGCCUUAUAUAUACAUAUUUUUUUUGCCAUUAUCUUUCAAGUGUUAUAUCCACAAAAGGAUUAUCCAUUAUUUGACAAUCAUAUUUGAGGCAAGCGAUGAGUCUUGGCUAUCAAGUGUCCUAGCCAGUUUUUAUUAUAAAUAACUGCUCACCAAAUUACACCAUUAGUGUUGUUCAAAGAGAUACUUUUCUAGCAUAUAGCAUUGAUUGUUCUCUAAUUUAAAAUCCCAUUGCCAUAUUUUGUU